AUGGCCAUUGGUGUUGUAGCAUAUGUUGAAGUAUGGUCAUCCAGCAGAACAGAAAACUAUUCAGAAACCUUUAUCCAACAACUACUUGAUAUGGGAGCAAAAGUUUCUAAGACUUUCAACAAGCAAGUAACUCAUGUAAUUUUUAAAGAUGGACUUUCAUCUACAUGGAAUAAAGCUCAGAAAGUUGGGGUUAAAGUAGUGUCAGUGCUUUGGGUAGAAAAAUGCCGAGAGCUUGGAGCACAUGUUGAUGAGUCACUGUAUCCUGCAAUAAAUACUAAUGAAGGAUUACCUCAGCUUAAUAAAAAGCAUAAAUGCAUGCAACCCAAAAACUUCAUAGAAAAAACUCCAGAAAAUGAUAAGAGACUACAAAAAAAAUUGGAAAUUAUGGCUAAAGAGUUAGCAGUACAAAAAGCAGCUACAGAAACUGACAUUCCAGUUUUAUUAUUUGAAGAUGAUGGUUCAUUAGUAUACAGCCCCGUGACUAAAAUAAAGUAUCAGUGCAGUGCAAUGGAGAGAAGAGUAAAGGAGAUGAAAGAAAAAAGGGAAAAUCUUUCCCCUACGGCUUCACAGAUGUCUCAGAAGUCUGAUUCCACUUCCUUUCCAGCAAAGCAUGAACAGAUUUCUGAUUCUCCUAGAUCAACUUGCAUAUUAUCUUCAGGUGAGAGCAGUGACCCUUUAAAGUCAAGUUGUGCUAACAUGUUGGAAAAUUUUGAAACCAAGAAUCUUGGAAAGGAAUCUACUGAAUAUAUGCCUGAAGUUGAAAGUGCUACAGAUGUUUCCUCAGUUGAAUUAUGGAAUUCCCCAAUUUCCAAAUUUACAACUCCAAAAAAACUGGAUGUUAAACAUUUACAAAAAAAACUAAUUCUGUCUACUAGCUCAGAAAGUGACUUCCUUCCCAAAAAGGCAAAAUCUGUAAUGUCAACACAAAAACAAAGUAAUAGGAAUGACUGCUUUACAACUGAUACUGGAAAUCAGUUUUCUGAGACAAACAACUUGGAAUACAUCAUUUCUUCAGAAAAAAAUAUUAAUUUGAAAAUUGCUGAAAGUCCCAGCCAUAAUAAUUUAAAUACAGAAGCUGAUCUACCUUCAAUGAAUCUGACUCCUUCAAUAAUAUCUGGUAAUUAUUCUCAUCGGAAACAACAAAAGAAACCCAGAAGGAGAUCACGCUUAGCCUUGAACACCUCAGGUUUAUGUGAGAGUGAUUGUCAAAAUGACUUCUUGAAAGCAAUGCUCACUCCUGUUAAUUCUACUGAAGACCAAGAUUCUUCUUUUGAAGAUUAUUUUUCACCUUCUAACUUUAAUAAAAAUAAAAUAAGAGUUAGUCUUCCUUUUCCAAGCUCACCAAAAUUGCAGAGUCCUGAUAAAAUGCUUUGUUCUUUGAGAAGCAAAACAGAGACACUGUUGCAAGGGCCAAGUAAAAUCAGUACAAUUUUUAGCCAAAAGAGGAAAAGAGAAACAGAGAACGAUGGGAAUGCUGAAAAUAAUGACAACGUGCAGCCUCUACAGUCUCAAAGAGAAGAAAGUGUGGCUUUAAAUUAUAACUCAAAGAGAGCAAAACGAGACAGAGUAGAAACCCCAGACUGUCUUCUGAAUCUCAACAGUAAGGAACAGAUCUGUGCAACCAGUGUAAAUAGAUGUUCUCCCACCACUGACAUGGAAAAAUGUUCUAUGCGUGAUAUCAAACAAAAUGUCAAAGAACUUUUGCAUGAACGAAUAAAGGAACCUGGUAGGAAACUACAGAUUACUGGGAGAAUCAAAAAGCCAAUGAGAACAUUAGUCAUGACAAGCUUGACCUCUGAGAAGCAGAAUUUAGUUGUUCAAGUGGUAAAGAAGUUGGGAGGCUUUCUAUUUUCAGAUGAAGUAUGUGAAAGCACAAGCCAUGUAGUUGCAGGAGCCCCCCGGCGUACCCUGAACGUCCUGAUGGGAAUGGCACGAGGCUGCUGGAUUGUCUGUUAUGAAUGGGUAUUGUGGUCUCUAGAAUAUGGCCAAUGGAUUUCUGAAGAACCAUAUGAACUCUCAGUGGAUUUCCCUGCAGCUCCUAUCUGCCGAUUUCAACUCAACCUUCCAAAUAGAAAAGGUCAUCUAAAACUCUUUUCAGAUCAACCUAUCAUGUUCAUAUCAUGUUUUAGUCAACCACCCUGUGAGAAGCUGUCUGAAUUGGUGCAGCUUUUUGGAGGUAAAGUGUGUAAGACACUCCGUCAAGCUAAAAUCUGUAUUGGAAAAUGCAAGGUUGGAAAACACACGGACAUACAAUGCUUAUCAGAAAAAUGGAUUCUAGAUUCAAUCACCCACCACAAGAUCUGUCCUCUUGAAAGCUAUAUAUUUCAGACUAAGUUAUAAUGUAUACAAGACUAUUCAUUGAUGCUGUAGUCCUUGGACAUCAUUUAACAUAUUGAAC